UAUCAGUUCUCUUAACCAUUAACUUAGUUGCAACAACUAUAAUAUAGUUCACUUAACUAUAUAUUAUAAUUAUAUUAACAAAACGUAUUGUUGUCCCCUUGUAGUUGCCACCACUACAAUUUUUUCUCUCGGUGUAUACGCGCGUGCAUGUAAUUUAUUCGUGUAUUUAUUUUAACGAAAAUUAUGAUUUAUUUAUUAUUAUUUAAAUUAUGAUACAUUAUGAUUAUUACAUUAUUUUUUUAUUAAUUCGUAGAAAAAUUUCUUAAGUUUUGCAAACGGAAUUCCAGGAUUAAAAAAUUGCUACUCGUCAGUUGUCCAAUUAUCCGUGACUCCUAUAACGCGACUUACAUCGGAAUGCUAACGUGAUUUAUUUCGUCGUGAUCGAGCGUUCCAUUUUCAUUUCUUUUUUUUUUUGCGCGCGCGUAAUGCGUCGCAUAAAUCGCGCAAGGAUUUUUCGAGUUCUCCGCCACGGGACUCGACGCUUACGUAAAUUCGAUCCACGUGAGAUCGCCACUGAACUCGUUCACCUGUCCAUCGGCGGUUUUCUUGUACGGCAAUUAUCCCGAUGGUAAUUACCUCGUCACAGCAAUUACGGGUUACCGAUCAUCUUCGCAGAGGAGAAUCGACGCGCGCGGAAUCGAUCUGCACUUGGAUAUCCGUUUCCAUUACAUGAUAGACGCGAUUUCUCGACGCUAUGAUUAAAUCUCAUUAAUUCGUUGAUCUCUUACCGCGUGUGUAAAUUCCAGCGCAAUUUAAUUGCCGGCGAUUUUGUUACCGACUUGAAACGAGAGCUCGUGUUCUGAGCUUCUGUUAUUAUCUCUCCAUUAAUUUACAUUAAAGUAUCGCAUGCAGUAUAGCAAUUUGAUGCACUGAAAAGAGAAAAGUUUGGUAAUUACUGCUAAUGAUGAUUAAAUAUUUGAUCAAUGCAAACAAAAAAAGAAUAGUUUUACUUUACUAAAUACGUAGUAAAUUUAAUCUUUGCUAACACUUAAUUUGGUAAAUAUUUAAUUGGCAUUAUUUCAUUUACCAACAUUUGGUAGCCAUUAUCAAACCUUUUUCAAUGUGUAGGAGUUAGAUGAAAAUUAUAAAUGCUCUUUGUCGCAUAGUUCUUUAAAAUUGCUCUAUAAUACGAUCAUUUUACAUAGCGAUUGCAAUCAGUCCGCAAAUUUUACAUUAAAACAGCACGUGAGCAUUCUACUGUUCAAUCGGUGAUCGAAUCGUUCCGUCGUCACGCUCCUUAGAAUUAAACAAUAGCACAAGUUGGUCGCGCGUUGCCUGCCCACUUGGCCAGAUUAUGGUGCAUGGCUUGAUGGAUAACGGUUAAAGGUGGCACACAAAGUGGACUAAUAUACGAGAUGCCAUUUAGGUGGUUAAAGAGCCUUGAGGGACCCGCUCGUGACGGUAAAUACGACGCGAUUAUGCGAUUAUUACACGUGUCACUUAUCAUUAGUGGCGGCAGGCCGAGCCGUAACGCACGAUCUCUUCUCGAGAUUGUUGCGAUUCUUGAAAGAUCACUUUGUAUCACUCUUGACAAUUAUAAAUUAACUCCGAUCUGUUUAAAAGUUGACUUUGUGUUAAGAGCGAAGAAUUAUAAAAAAGAAAAAAAAAUACGUUAAACGAUAAUGAGAUGUAAAGCUUUUCCGAAAAUAUUAUUUUUCAUCCUAUUUGCACCGAAAUCCACACAAAGCUGAAGUAUUCUCUCCUCUUUAUUUGACUGUUUUUUCAGGCGAUAUUCCAAGCGAGAGACGACAUUCCUCAAAAUUUGUCGAUGAAAGACAAGUACUGGCCGCGACAUUAUAAAUCCGUGUUAACAACUCGGCAUGCUUCCUGCCAGUUGUAUUUCUUCUUCUCGAAAACAUCGUUUAGAAUCAGCACGUGUCUCCUGAAAGGAAAUAGAGGAGUUUUUUUAACGGUGCGCGCAGAAACCGGAAACAUUAACGUGCCCAUGGACUUCGGCUUUGUUCUCGUACGCUAAUGAGCACGGUAAUUCCCAAAGCGUAACACACGCGGCCCCGGGAACAUCGGAUUGGGCCCGCGGAGUCAACCUUGAGGAGGAGAGGCCGCGUUAUGCAACGCGACGAGGUAACGUACGUGAAACGCGCUGCAUUAUAGCGCCGCUGCGUCCCGCUAAAUCGGUCGGUACGCUGUUAUUUCUAGAUUUAAAUUUAAAAGUUAUUUAAAUACUAACGACAAAACGACGAACCGAAAAUUAUCAUUGCCGAAAUUAUUGACAAGUUCGCUUGCCCGUGCUGCGUUUAAUCCGCCCGAUAAUAUGAAAUUUUCAUGGAAGUUCUAAUAGAGUACGUUAUUUAAUUUUUGUUAUAUAUAGUUAAUUCUUAACUAAACUAAAACAAUAUAACUCAAGAAAUGUUAAAUUUGACUCAAGUUCAAUUUUAUUUACUAGGUGCAUACGUUAAUACGCUGUUUAUUUUGACACUAAACGAUUCAGACACAGAAAUGGACUAAAAAAAAAAUUUUUUUCUCGGAUUAUAUGUAUAUAUCCAUUGUCCAUACAUAAUUAUACAUAAUUACAUAUGUAUUUAAAUGUAUAUAAUUAUAUAUAUUUAAAUAUAUGUAUAGAGACAUAAUUGAUAUAUAAUUAUGUAUAAUUAUAUGUGAACAAUUUUUUCCCCGAGAUCGAUUAGACGAUAUUGUCCUUUUAAUUACAGGUAUUAAAAUUUCGACACACACACACACACACACACACACACACACACACACACACAAAUGGAAGUUAAUAGAAUAACAAAAUAUUAUUCGCCUGAAGAAAUUUGUUGAAAUUUUAUUCUUUAAUAUUUAAGAGGGUAAAGUUCAUCUUUCAUAAGAACGAGAGAUAUGUUGCUCCGCGAAAUAAUGCAUUCAUUGCACCGCGUUUGCUUGGCGACGUUUGACUCGCUUGGCGCUGGCUCGUGUCCCUGUUACGCAACGCGAUUCGGCGAAGAAAGCACGUUAUUUUCGCGUAAUCGGGACGUCGCUCGAGUAGUAGUGGGUGGCUGGAAAGCUUCUCAUGAUUAAGGUCAACGCACAGAGAGGAGACCCGGUUUUCUUCUGCGCUCUCGCUCCUCUUCUCGCUUCUCUCUUCUCUUUUUUUUUCCUCCCCGCGUCUUUUUCCGUGGGUCUCGCGCGCGGUGCAAGGACAGUGCGCCGCCGCCGCCGUCGCGACAUAUGUCGGUGCAUUGUUGCUGCAACAAUGAACGAUGGCCACUCCUCUCCAUCGUGGCUGUACCGUUGCUGCCGCUUACCUACGUAUGUACAUACAUACGUGUAUUAUACAAACAGCCACCUACAACAACGGCCGCAGUAUGCCGCGGCACGUUCAUAAAUUACACGUUUCGCAAUUCCGUCGUGCCGAAGGCCCGAGAGAACCGCUGUCUUGUUUAAAGAUGCAGUAUUAAAGCACUCGCGCUCGUAGACGCGAUUAGGCUGCCGAAUGAAAUGCCCGCUUGUUAGUGACAACAAACACAAGAAUGAAUUUCGGAAAAUUAAUAGAAUAUCCUAAUAUGCAUUAUAAUCAAAAUAAAUCAAAUCUUGAAGCAUUAUAAUAUAAUCUGUAUUAAAUUUGAAAUAAUGUUAAUUAUUUACUCACAUCAAGAAAGUUAUCGUAUAUAAUGUUUGUUAUAUCACAUUACAUAACAAAAUAUGUCUUAUAUCUUUUAAUUACUUCUGAAAUAUGGUAGGAUUGUCGGAAUUAAUCGACAUAAUUCUAAUUAUUACGACAUAUAAAAAAUAAUAAAUUGAAUUAAUAGCAAAUUUAUCUCUCGAAAUAUCUCAACAGAUCAAACGCAUUAAGAUUUGGAUAUUAGUAAAGUUGCAAGGACGGAAUGACAAAUUCAGACAUAACAACUAGAGGGAAGGGUUUUUCUAGUAAUCGCAGAUGAGCUCGGAUAGUUUGUGUUUAUGGCGUGAGAAAAAUUGUACAACGGUAAAAAUCGUUGCGUUCGCAACGAGAGGUCUGCAAUUGCGGCAGAGCAACAUGUUUGCCUUGCAAUUGGAACGCGUUCCACGAAGGCGAAAUUGACGUCUGCCCUCGAUUUGGCCGCAUAUAAACUUGUUGAAAUUGCUCGCAACGCUGCCAUAAUUCAUAACCCGCCCGCUACCACCGCGUUAACAAUCAUCCCGUUGUUGUCGCAUUAUGCAAUCAAUCAACUAAUGGAAAACUUUAUUAUCUUGCGAGCCACCGGCGACGCGGGUUAGCAACAUUGUUCGACAUAUUCCUAUCAGGCCUCAGGCAUAAAGAGGAACUUAUUGCAAGAAGAAUAAAUUAAGAUAAUUAUCGUAACGAUAGAUUAAUGAUAAUCAAGAAUCUUUUUGGUUACAUUCAAAAAUCUAUACGUAUAUAUGCUGAGAAAAAAAUUUAUUGAAAAUAUUUACUGAAAUAUUUAGUUCGAUAUGCGCAACUAAAUAUUGAGUUGCUUUAAUGAAUUCUUGGUUAAAAAAUUUGAGUGGUUGACACGAAUGAAUCGUACCUUUUUCGUGCAACUGAAUAAUUAUUAAAUCAAUUUAAUAUUUAGUUGAUCGUAUCGAACUAAAUAUUUUUUACAAAUUUUUUCUCUCAGCGUGUACAUAUAUAGAUAAAAUAUAUACACGUAUCUUAUAAUAUACUUUUUGAAUGUACUGGUAUUGCUGUAGGCUCUUCCGGAUCAUUCACUCGUUUCUAUCUCGACAUCUUGCUCUGCUAUUUUGGAGAGAUCAUAAAAUUGUCCGCGUAAAUCAGCGCGACUUGUACAAGAUUAGCUAAGCACAUUCCUCUUAUUAGCGAAAGUGGACGUCCCUCGCAACGACCACUAAAAGGCUGAUCAUCACUCCGUAGUGAUUAACGAUUCGAAUAAAUCACUUAAAAAUUGAGCACGUUGCGAUGCCGUUGCUGUAGAUCGAAAAUAUGGAACGAGAGAUUCUCGUCAAACUUCUCGCCCACGCGAGGUCAAAUCUCGAAUUUAUCUUACUGAAAAUCCUAUUAAAUGUACAAAUAUCAAACAAAAUAUUUAUAGAUUAUUUCUCUUAAAAUUUACAUUCUCCAUUUUGUUUUAUUUUCGAUUGCCCGAACGUUGUUGUUUCAGGAAUAUUUUCAUCGAAGGAAACCGCUUGUAUAAAUCGGUGGUAGAGUUUCCUACCGCAGUUUAUGAUAAUUUGAUUAUUCCCGGACACCUAUGAAUAUAUUUCGUGAGAUCUUUAUCGGUCGUUCGCAACAAUUAAUGCACGUAUGCGCAUCCGGCGUUUCCGCGAGACACAAACGAUGACGUUUACGGCGACAAAUAUUUAUGCAAGGUAUAAAGCCUGUACCGUUGCGCCUAUUCUUACGCGCAUACACGCCUAACGAGAGCUAGGCGCGACGAUUGUUGCAACCCUCCGGGAGGAGAAUUAACGUUCAUCGCGCGGGGAGAAAAAGCGAGAGAUUCGCUAUCCGAGGCGAAUGACGCGACGUUCGCCGCCACUCGUUCCCGCGGAGAAUUGAGUUACGAUUUUCCGUAAAAACAAAUUUCCGCAAUGCGCCGCCUCAUUGACAUUCCACUUAGACCUACCGGGUGUAACAGGACAUUCUAGCUGCAACGUCUGCGGGGUUUCAAGUGCAUGUGAACCGCACGCGGCGGCGCGCUGCAACGUUGCGUGUUGCACAUGCAUCAGCAGCUGCGUGCACGAUCAGGUUGCGUUGCAACGCUGCUGCUGCAACGUGUAAUCUUCUCCAACGCACUAUCGACGAUUCGCGGCGCUGAGGAUAACGGGUUUUCGGCGUCGGAUAUUUCAUAAUUGUUACUAUCUCGGUAUUAGCGUGUGCAUAUGAAAGAAUUGCGAGAUGACCUCAGUGAAUUAUCUCUAUUUCACACUGACAUUCGAUAUCUAAUAAUAAUCCGAUUUGCAAGAAAAAGACGCUGAAAAUCUAUCGUACAUUUGAAUCUUUUUAUCUCUACACUUGUCUAUCCUUCGCGUUUGGAUUUUAGAUUCGUCCAUUCUCACAUUUAUAUUUAUAAAUUAUUUCUGCGAAGCUGCGCUCUCUACCCUCUAAUCCCCCGCGCAUCCUCGACAUACGACACCAUGUAGCGUUAUUUAUCGCCGCUGAGGUCCUUGCGCGCGGCUUAGCCGCGUUAUGCGUGUCUAGCGUAUUUUCCAUUGAAAUGCUAAUAAAUUUGUCUAACGCCACACCUCGGUAUAUCAGCCCGCGAUUCCCACGGGAUUCCUGCGAGGCUCUUCCGCGCGACCUAAAAAUUUCUUCCUUCCUCGAACGCCAAUAAAGCCCACCCCCCCUCUCUUUUUUUCGAGUAAAAAACCUGAACACGGAUAUUCUCAUUUGCAGUUCAAGCUUCUCUUCAAAAGAAAAAGAACACUUGCUUUAAAUUACAUUUAAAUACGUGGCAAUUAUACCGCUGUGUUUUUCUUAAUUGGACACCGUGACAUUUUCCGAUUACACGCGAUAUUGUAAUGUAAAUAAAUUCCCGAUUGUGAUUUUAAUUUGACAUUAUUAUAAUGUGCACGCGUAUACGCGUCUAUUACGCCGGACGAGAAUCCCAGGUAAAAUUCCCUUAAUUAUCGGCUUCUACUCCGCACGUCGACCAUUAAUCACCGCGUGGCGCAUAUGUAUUUCUAUACGGAAUUAAUCGUCAAUUAAUCAACCUUUACUCCCGUCGCAUCGCGUCGCGUCGCGUCGUGCGUGCGCUCGUGCGAGAGACGUGCACGAGAAGAUUCGUUAAAUCGCGUAUCCUUCCCAGCGAUAAUGAACUAUCUUUAGUCCGUUCGCGGCUGCGAAAUCCUGGCGUUACCUCGCGCGCAUACCUGUCACAUUAUAAAUGCUACAUGUCGCGAUAUACGUAAUUGCGCGCUGUGCAAAAGCGUCGUACGUAGCAGGAAUAUUCUAAGAUAUUUGUUAUAAGAUGCUAUUUAAAAGUAAAAUAAUAUUGAUGCGCGUUCUAAUAAAUGAACGUUUCUAGAAAGAAAAUAGAAUUAAUAGAAUUAAUCAAUGAAAUAAUUUGAGAAAAAUCAAUAAAUCCAGUUAUAACACACACAUUAGUUGGUAAAUUUAAUCGAAAUAAAAUGCGAAUUGCAUUAAAUUUAAACCAGCAAAAAUAUAAACUGAAAGAUUUUUGAGAAUUUAACUUUAAUUUGUUAAUAAAAAGUAUAAUAACGCUAUGCAAGCUGUACAGUUAUCUCAUUUAAAAAUAUUAAAGCCGGGACGUUUAUAUAGAAAUAUAUAAUAUGGAGAAAUGAAACAAAAAAGUUCGUUAUAUUUAGAGUCAUUAGAAUUAUUAUUCCUCAUUGAAUGUUUCCAAGUGUGGCUCGGGCAUUAGGAACGUUGUAGUUUUGCAACUAAAACGAACGUGUCAGGGGCGUGCGACGACACGCGCUGCGCCCUGACCUUACGCACACAAAUGCUUAAGCGAGUGUGCACGUGUUACAUUGUUUAACGUUUUACAAUCUGCCGCCAUCCCGGUGGGUGUCGGCGGCGAUAUGCGUCUCCUACGCUCUAAUGAGAAUUGAUGUUUCCGACGAUUACGCUUAAUACGCCCCUCUUCCUUGCUGGAAGACGGAAAUCGUCUUAUACGUUCUUGCACACGUCCGUCUCGAGGUAGAUUCAGAAUUAUCAGACUCGUGAUACGUUGUUUGCGCAAAGAUUUAGAACCGCCGAAUGCGGACGUCACACUUUCUGUUGAUUUUAGUGAUAAUUAUUGAGCCACUCGCGGAGGUAGAAGAGUACAUUACUCUGAAGAAAUGAAUUCCUCAGAAUAUAAUUUUGUAUUUAACAUAUGUAUCAAUUAUUUUCUAUUUUAUGUUCUUUAAUAUUUGUUUUAGCAUUUUUGCCUCUAAAGUUAAAAUUAUUUUAUUUAAAAAUAGAUAAUUGAACAAGACGAGAAUCAGGGUAAAUAAAAAAAGUGUUUUUAAAAAACCUUUAUCGCUGAAAUGUGUUGAAAACUGCUCGUUUAGUUUAAAUUAUAGUGCAUUUUGCACCGAAGUAUAUAAUUUGAUGGUAAAGUUCACACGCUUGACCUACAACAUCAGUUACUUGAUGUAAAUCGAAUAUGCAUUAGUCUGCAGUGACGCGGAGAUGAGAAAUGGCCAAACAAUUUCAUGACGCAUACUGAACUCGUUUGAACGUGUCUUGCAGCCGAUUAAACAGUUAGAAAUAAUAGAGAAAAAGUUUUGAUCUGGAGUGUUUCGUAUAUUCCAAUGAUUAGAUAUUUAUUACUGUAAAUUGAAAAAUAAUUGCUGAAGUUUAAUGACAUUUUUUUAAAAUGAAAAUUAUAAUUCUCAUUGACUAAAAGAUUUAUAUACAGAUUAUAAAAUCGUUCCUUUAAUCAAUAUUUUUUAUUAUUACCCCUUAAAUUUGUGUGUAAUUACAACUUUAUUCUAAAAGUAUAAAUUACACAGUAUUCUCAUUGAAUUACAAUAAAAAAUUUUUGUAUUCAAAAUUUCUUGUUAAGAUUCAAAUCAACUUGUUUUUUUUUUUUUUUUUGCAAGGCAUGCUGCCAUGAUAAAUUCACAGAUUUCUUAGGUCGAUUGGCGAUUAAACGAAAAAUGACUCGACGAAGACGGAGAGUGUUAUUAAUUUCAGUCGCCGCCGGCGGUGUUCUCUCGCGAGAUUAAUUAUUUCCGGGACACAUAAGUGUACUUCGUUGACAAAGUAAUAAUGGUACACCCGUGCGAUCUCAGUAUUGAUAAAGCGCGAUAACAAGGUCUUGCAGAUUAAAUAAUACUCAAUUAUACGUAUAUGCGACUAGAAUUUCAAUUUCAACGCUGUGAUCUACUUAAUGUCGAAGUGCGUGGCUCUAUAAUUAUUUUAUUUUUCCUAAAGCGAAAUUUUAUUUCUUAAAUGAAUAAAUACAUAGUUGUACAGUUGAUCAUGUAAAUUGUAAAAAAAAGUUAUAUGAAAUUAAUAACUAAUUAAAGGAAAUAGAAAUUAAAAACUAUGUGUAUAAAAAAAAAUAGCGAUACAAUUUUAUUCACGUAAAACUAAGCACUUUCAGAUAUAAAUCUUAUAUAAAUUAAGUACCUCAUAAAUAACUAAAACAAAUUAUUAAAUAAACAGUUGAUUAAAACGAAUAAACGCUCUGUGAUUGUUCUAAUAAAACGAGAUCUUACUAAGAGAUUUUUACGAAUUUUACUUGAUGCGUUAUCUGAAAGAAAGGAUUCACCCUGUCUCCAUUCAGUUAAUGCACGUCUACUCCUUUUGAUUCCUUCUAUUUAUCAUCCCUUUGUCUCUCGUGGCUUCGUCGAACCCCCACGUUGAUUUAACUUACAAAUUAAUCAGGAGCAGAAGCGUCAUUUCGCUCUUCCCCGACACCCGCUCAUUACUCUUCCUCAUUCUCCAGCAGGAUAAAUGGCGGCGGUUAAUUAACGAACGAGUUAUCCUUGUCUCUUGGUCUGUCGCGGCAGGCAGCGAUUAUCGCAUAACGAAUACGAGCCCCUCGCGAAUCUCAUUGUGUACGAAUGCGCCUUCGCUUAAUAUCCGCGGCAUUGUGUAACGUCGUCAAAUAUGUAUGCUCGAACGCAUUAAUUUAACGUUCCGCGAAUUUUUCAAGCCAAAACGACGGCUCGCGAUUCAAUGGGAGUCUCAUAAAAACCCAAUGAGAAACGUUCCAAAGUUUUUUUGUGUGAAGAAGAAUGACGCUUGUUUGUGAUCCGCGUGAUCUUUCCAGUAGCAUUUUUCGAUUUAAAAUUCGAUUAACAUAAAUAUACGCACGAGCGAUAUUCAGAGAGGAUAACAUUAAUUGUAUAAUCGCAUAAAAAUUUAAUCACACGAAGAUUAUCAACAAAAUUACGAACGUUAAAUUGUUAGAUAUUAUUUUCAUUUUACUGUGAUUUUAUAGAAUAUAUAUAUUUUUUUUUACGAUCAUUCUCCGAUAAGAUUUAAAAAACAGAUUUACUUAAGCGCUUGCGCUGCGACGGCAUGAGAAGCGUGAGUCACAUCCGCGAUUGCCGUGCGAUGCACGUUUGACACGGUUUGUGUCGCACUCGGUUGACGAAAGAAGGAAAGUCCGGCGGAUCAGUACCGAGAAUUCCCUGGUGAAGUUGAUCCGAGGUAAAGAGACAGCAAGCCGGAUGUACAUACACAUAAAUCGGAUACGAACGAAGAGGCGUUGGUGAAUGCGUGCACAUCUACGCGUGAGAGUGAUUAUCAAACAAUAAAUCAUCACAAGGAGUUGCAUUAAUAUUUUAAACAACGACCGAAAAAGUUCUCUCCGAUAAAACGUAUGACAUUAAACUAUUGAAACGCGUUUGUAAUUACGAAGACAAAUUGGCGAAAGCAAGAUACAUGCGAACAAAGUUUCAACCAAAAUUUAAUAACGAUAUUUUCUGGAAUUUAUAAAAGUAUAAUUUAAAUCUCAUUUCUCUCUUCUCUCUUUCUUUCUGUUCCGAUUAAAAUUUUAUUAAAUAUCAUCCACUUCGAAAUGAAAUUAAAUGAAAAUGAAAACCAUGUCCUGUAUGCACGUUGUGUUAAUGUACUGAAAAACAACGCACAGGUAACUUAAAUUGGUACGGCUUGUGCCUAUUUUUACCAACGCAGUUUAACUGUAAUCUUGGUUUAACAUACUCUUUAUCUUUUUCCAAUUUUUAAGAUUAAAGAAAGAUAAAGAGUAAGUUAAACCAGGAUUGAAGUUAAUCUACGUUGCUAGAAAUAGGCAUUAGAGGUAAUUAUAAUUCACAAUUUUAUUAAGUAAAGCUCUAUUUCAAAAUUCUGGAAAAAUACACGCGAAUGGAAAAAGAAGUACACAGGAUGUUGAAUAUUCUCUGCUGAUCUUGAGAACGCACUUUGCUUGGCGCCAGCCAUAACUUCCAGACACUCCAUUACGUAAGCGCAGUAACUUAAGAACGCAUUAACAGGUUAGCAGUACAGCCUCGGCGUGAUAAAAAUCAAUCAUUUCGCGAAGUUUUUAUGAGGAUACGUAGGUGUUUUCUUCUGAUUGCCGAGAUUCCGAUAUCGCGAAAUCGAUUCGACCGAGAGAAUGGGAACGAGGAUUGGGAUUAAUCAUUUUAUCGUUUUCCAUGAACUCUCCUCCGAUCGAGAAGAGUGACAUCGUGUGACGCCGAUGAAAUUAGCGCACGUAGGCGGAAUGUGACAGCCAUUGAGAAAAUUUGCAUGUCGUUGAAUGGCAUAAAAAAAAAAAAAUGUCCACCGCGCACCGUGAGAACGUCGAAGUCGCAAGAUUUCAGAUAGGAGAUCGCAUUUCGUACUACAAUGCUAAUAAACUCAUGAAAAAAACGGUCUCUCUUUUAUCUCUUGAAACAAUUUUUGACUUUCUCUCAAAAUAAAGAAUAAUCUUGAGUUUAUUCUUUUUAUUUUUCAGUUAUUUAAUCAAAUGCGCAAUUUAUUUUUUUAUAACAUUCAGGAUAUUCGGCUUCUGGAUGACUAAUGAGAACUUUUCCUUCGUAUUUAUUUUCUAACGCUUUAAUAAUUCUUCUUUCGCAUUUUCCUACUUUGAUACAUCACACAGAGAUUCUGUCUUGAAUUUUCAUAAUUUUGUCGAAUAUUUUAAUAUAAUUUCCAAGAGUUGUCACGCACUUCCUUCAUUCUCACGUCCCUUGAACGUGAGAUACAAUGGUCGUAUAUCGGCGGAGUAACGUCGAAGCUUGGUGGGGAAGCAUGGGAGUAGCAUGGGAAAGCAAGAAAACCGCGAGAUAAACGUCACUUUCAUCUAAUCUUACGCGCUGGUUUGUCAAGCGAAACAGCUAGCCGACACCAGACUUUCCCGCUGGUCUUAAUGACCGAUGCAAAUGUGCCGUCAUUAGGCCUCGUUGGGCUCAUUUCGCUACUAUUUGUCUUUAUAGCUCUCCGCGGCGAACGCCGUCGUUUCCUUUGCAUGAAGAAACGACGUUCUUUUCGCCAGUGCCGGUCAGUCGCGGCCGCGAAACAACGCGGCACUCACAAUCAGCCGCGAUCGUAAACGCUCCUACAAGACACGACCGUUAGCCUGAUGAACGCGUUUAGACCUCCUUAUCCUUUGCUCUCGGCUUAGUGUUAUUAUGCUGAAAUGGAAUUGACGAAUGCCUCGCUCGAGGACUCGUACACUCGUAAACUUCAAGCCUCGUUGCGAGUUUACGAUGCUGAGCACGCAUUUCACAUUAAUUCAAAUUGCGUAAUCUUACAUUGAGAACAGAGUGUUGGAAAUCUAAUUCAAAUAUAGAACGAAAUUGAAGACUGAGCAGAUAGUUUAUUUUUUAUUCUACUUGAGUGAAAUGAAACUAAGAUACGUAGGAAAACGAUAAUUUUCCAGUUUGGAGAUUAUUCUCCAGUUCUUCCUCUAUUGUGUUACAUUAUAAUGCGAAUUCUGUGUUGAGAUUUUUUUUUUUUUUUUUGCAAUAAAUGAAAAGUCUGAAGACCAAAGUCAUGAAGUUAAAAAAAAACAGCAGUUAAACGUGUGUUAAUUACAUUAAUUUAGCAAGACACAAAAGAAUAUGAAGUUUCGUUCCCGGGUUUGAAUUAUCUUCAUUUUCAUUAGAUUUAUUUGACGCUCGGAAAUACAUAUAAUUUUUUUCUCUCAAUAAACGCGAUUCUUCAAACCAUUAUUGCAUUCCGCAGUUUCGACUUACGCCACGAUUUCUCAGACGCUUCGCGUAAUUUAGUGCGCGAAUGAACUUAGUUGACCUCAGAAUCGGGUUUUCACAACACGGCGUUUCAAAUUCCACGUCGUUUCCACCUCGUCAGCAAACCGGAAUCUUUAUGUCGCUAAUCGGCAAGCUCUCGAACGAUUGAAAUUUGCUGUCCUGCGGGAAAUCGAUUUUAGUCUCGAUUAUCGCGCGACGGUCUGUGUUUUGUUAUCGGGCGUUACGAAAAAAGAAAUACGCGGAUCGAUGGUGCAAUACUUGGCGGCACGUGGGGUGACCUCAAUUAACAUCGUUUAAUCCGCAAGGCUUCCGCGCUUUGCUGCGAUUUAUACGAAAUAGAUUGGAUGGAAAAGAAAAAGAAAUCGGGCGAUUAAUUAAACCAAUGUCGCGACGCUUAGACACAAUAGGCAUGAAGAUUCAAACUCUGCGAACAUUUUUUUUCUCAAGAUUUUCUUCGAUUUUGAUCCACGAGAAUUUUGGUUUUUGAGGAAAGAAGGAUAUAUUUUAAUUAAAAAAAAAAAAUAACUUUAAUUAAUCUAACGUGUAACAUUUCUAAAAUUCUUUUCAACACUUAAUUAUAGCAUUUUAAGUGAUUAUCAAUGAAAGCACCACGGGAAAAUCGCAAAAAGUCUCUCGUCGAAAGGACAAAAUUAACAAUCGUGGCGUUCUCAGAUCCUUGCGGCUAUUUUUGUCGCACUUAUCCUUGCUCAUUAUCCUUGCUCUCAGCGUUCGCAUAAACUUGCGGUCGUAAUUUUUCAUUUAGAUCCCGCGGCUCUUCCGGUCGAGGCGAGGAUGAUGUCACAAUGGAUGGCGCUUGUCGGGUCCCGCGAAAUUGCGGGAGCAUUUCUGGAAACGGAAUGAGUAACAACGUCGUUGAUCCGAACGUUCGCUUUGUGAAUCAUCGUGUUCACUCGGCGACGGUACGCGGCGAUGAAAUCAUAGAAUUGCUCUCACAAAAAGCGCUCUUUUCGCGUGCUCAGCAAGUUCUUAUCUUCUUCAUUUUUUUUUUUUUUUUUAUUAUUAUUAUUAAAAUGAAUUUUGCUCAAUUUGUCGACAAAGAGUUCUUUUGCGAAACAGGACGGGAUUUUUUCCGGGCUCUCGGAUGUAUCUCACUCGUGAGUCACGUUGAAGAUUCGCUGGGUGAGACUGGAUGUGUCAAGAGUCGUCUCGCGAUCUCGUCCGAGACUAAUUAUCGCGGCUGGACGUGAAUUAGGGACGUAAACCUAAACGACGUCGCCGCCGCGGCCAUAAGAGCGCGGAGCCGACGCUGACACUAUCGGCGCUCCCGAUCUUUCCUGCUUCUCUUUUCUCUUUACGCUCGUGCGAGAGACAUAUGUCGGCCUCCUCACGCUCGAACGAGCCAACGACGCUUGUUAUCUCGCGCGCUUCGUUCGCGAGCGGGCAUCGUUUCAACCAAUUUGCAUCCGUAACUGCAUCUCUGCGAGCGAGCGGAGUGCAUAAAGGAGCCGCAGUCAUCAGUUUGACGUGUUAUUUAAUCAAUCCUAGAUAUAAAUACGCAUAUAUUAAAGAUUAUAUAUAUAUAUAUAUAUAUAUAUAAAAUGAAUUUAAAAAGAAAACGUUUAUUAGAAAUCUAAUAUUGUCAAAAUACAUAUGCAUUAGCCAUUUUAUCAAACUUUUAAGGAAAAAUUUCGUCUUCAAACACAUUAAUUAAAAUUGCUGGCGCAUGAGACAUAAUUAUCUUUUAAAAUAUGCACAUGGAAAAAUUUUAGCUUUUUUUUAAAGUCAUAUUUUUGAAGUUAUAAAACUUUAUAUUAAAUUAUGAAAUGAUACAUGAACCUUAAAAAAAUUUAAGAAUAUUUUGUAAUAAACUUAAAAGAAUUACGAGUGAAUAAAUCCACAAAUUUGUCUGCACAAAAGGAGAGAGAAUGACAAAUCAUAAUUUAUAAAAAAAUUAGAAAGAACCCGCCUGCCUUUCACUUGAAGAAAAAAUCGUCUGGCGAAGAUCGUUGUCGACACUCUCGCGUCAUUUUUUAUCCCGCAUUUAUCUCUCGAGCGAUACUUCACACGAUUAGCCGGAGCACUUGUCCUCUCGCGAGGUUAAAAUUUCUUCAGCAAUCGUGAUUCGCGACGAAAUAUCAUGAAGAAGGCCGGACAAGUGGCCCUGCAAAUCGAGGUGAGCACCGACGAGGAAUGGCAACAAUUACUGAGUCGUCCGGGCUUGAUCGUUGUGGACGUGUACUCGGACUGGAGCGGACCAUGCGCCGCUAUGACGAGCACCCUGAGGAAGAUCAAGAUAGAGUUAGGCGAGGUGGUGGACUACGCGAUCGCGCGAAACGACGACAUCGAAGAUUUGGCGAGAUUCCGAGGCCGAAGUGAACCCACCUGGAUGUUCCUGCAGGACGGCAAGGUGGUGAAUCUGAUGUUUGGCGCGCAUUGCCCAAGAUUGCGGAAGUUGCUGAUAAAUGAGAUAAAGAGAGUGCAACAAUUAGAAACUCCGAAGUGGUGUUUGGAUGUGUACGAACGGGCGCCCGAAGAGGAGAUCCGAUGGCAGAAGCAAGAAGCUAUCAGGCGAGCGCUGGAGGAUAAGAAACGAGCGAGAGAGGAGGCAGAGAGGCUGGAGAAAUACAAGCGAUUCAUGGAGCAAAUGAUGAUCGAGCUGUGCGAGCACACGGCGCUGGUGCUUUAUCCGUGGGUCUUUAAGGACGAGCGCGGCAGGCCGCGGGACAAGAUGCAGAGUCCGCCGUACACGGAGCUGGUGCAAGUUCUCUUCAAACAAUGCUACGACGUGCAAGAAGAAGCGCGGAUCCAGCUGAACGAGGACACGAUCGAGAAGAUGUUUGUCGAGAGCGGCGUCGACGUCACUGAGGAAUUGAUAAAAGGGCUAACCGACGGGAAGUGUAUGGCGAUGAGAUUGAAAGGCAAACCGCCCCAUCCAGACUGGCCGGUCCAUUAUCCUUACGAAAGUCCGGAACGCGACUCGGUGAAGUAUCCGAUCCGUGCGAUCGACGAUGUCGAGAAUUAUCUUGUCAGCAUCAUCACGAAGGGACCGCCGCCUCCUUUACAAGCUGACGUGCCUGCAAUCAAGCCGACCUACGAUGCACCUUACGUUCAGAGGCACGUGCACGUGCACGAGCCGGAUCCGGAAAUUGAGGGUGACGUGCGCCGCGUGCAUCCUGCGGCUUGGGUACCUCCCCAGGCCAGAAGUAAAGUUCACGUCUUCAAGACUCUGUUCCCGGCUUACUUGGAGAAGGCUCAUCCUUACGAGGAGCCGGCAGUUCCUCCGCCGUUGUGCGCAUUUAAAUUCGACGCGUCAAAAUUCAGCAUCGUGCGAGACGGAUACGAAUUGAAUUUUGAUGCCAUUGAACAUUUCGGCGCCUUCGAGUUUGAUCAGCCGCCGCCCUACGCGAGACGUCUCGCGUCUUCGCCUGAGGAUUUCGAAAAGGUGAAGUACAAAACUGGCGGCGAGGUGUUCGUAGUGAUAAUUCGAAGGAUCAACGAAGAAGCCUUCCUGGCUUUCGCCGGCAACGACCCAUUGUUCGUUACAGAAGUUGACGAGGAGGCUCAAGAAAUGAUAACGGAGUAUUUCCCCGAAGGAGCGAAAGAUGUGCCAACAUUAGCGCCGGCUGAACAAGAAGUGUUUUACGAAGACGAAGAGGAAGAAGAAGAAAAUUACGGAGAAGAGGAAUUUGAAGAAAAUGCAAUCUAUCCUUUUUAUUGAUCUCUAAAAGUAUCUAAUCCGUUUAAUCCUACUUUUCCCCGAAGACGUUACAUAAUUACAUCUUCAAGAUAUAAUUAUGUCUAUACAAAUAGUUCACUUAAUAGAGAGAUAAUAUCUUUGGAAAGGUUAUCUACGUAAAACGUAAUGUAGUAAUUUAUAAAACGAAUUAAUUUUUAAUGAUGAUAGUCUGAUGUUCAAAAUUUGAAAGGAAUGAGAUUGCAAGAAAUUAUGAAAAUUUUUGCCAUAUGGAGUGACUCGCGUUUCGCACGCUUACAUUCUCUACGUAUUUUGGCAGCGAUCACCCCCAAACGCGUUCGGCUACACGCUGCACGGCGCAGCGUGUUUGCGUAAAUUUGGCGAGGUACCAAGCCAACUCGUGGAAGUUAUAAAUGCAGCUAAUUUGUUGCCAAUUUUAAUACCGACUCAAGUGGAAAUGUUCGCAAGAAAAAUACGCGCGAGAAAAAUCAACGAAAAUGCAUCGUCGAAACUUUUGUCUCGGAAAUUGUAGACACGCCCAAUUUCCACGUUUGUGUUUCUUUUACGAUACUUUAAUAUUAUUAGCUAAUGCAUGUGUAAAUUUAAUUGAAUAUAAUUUAAUUUUUAAUUUACUAUUUCUCUUUAAAUUAAAUU